ACGAGCGCUCCGUCAACAAGGAAAACUAGGAAAGGCAACAAUGUAAAACGAAAAAACUCAGUGCCCAGACCCUAGACUGGUAAAGAGUACACACUGAUAGACUGCCAGGUCGUGCAUUUAGAGGGCAGCUCGUGACAUAUUGUGGAUUGUUUGUUUAAUAUAUCCCUGAAAAUAUCAUACAUCAUGCAGGAUACCAAACAAGUGCUCCAGAUCUUUCGUUGCGCUGUGUGGCUCAAGUUUGAAUUGCUGAGGACAUGAACUGUUUAACCAGUGCAGGAGUUAGGCUGCAGAAGAUCUUCUGAAAAGGCUAUUUCAAUGGUUAGACCUCUGGGGGUUUCAAGAACGCACUUAGGCUCGUAAAGACUUUGGAUGGGAUACAUACAGCUAGGUGUCUAAAACAGAUUGAGAACCAUCGGAUGCCCAAAUCCUCCGGUGUACCAUUGCCUUCAGGCCCAAUGAUUAUUCCGACCAGUGCCCCCGACAAAUCGCUCAAUGCAGUCUGGCUAAAGGACAGCGAGCUGGAGCCACGUCGAAUUGAGUCAAGAGAGGAUGCCGCACGGUUGCAAAGAGCCAUGUCUCACCUUCAGGAGUCAGGCUGGUACUGGGGCCCCCUGACAGCUGCUCAGGCUAAGCAGGUUCUGAUUGAUGCUCCAGAGGGGACUUUUCUUUUGCGGGACAGCUCCUACCAGGGAUACCUCCUCACCCUAUCUGUGAAGACCAGCCUUGGCCCCACACACCUCCGUAUAGAGCACGCCACUGGCAUGUUUGGCUUCGACUCUGUAAUUGUGGCACGGCCACGACUGCGGCGGUUUGAGGGUGCUGUAGAUCUGGUGCAGCACUAUGCCCUGACUUACAAGCAUCUGGCCACUCAAAAUGACACAGGGGGGGGUAACCCUUCGGUCCCUACAGAGAAAACUCUGCAGCUCAAACUCACCCGGCCCCUCCAUAAAGUCUCCCCUAGUCUCCAGCACCUUUGCCGCAUCACUAUCAACCAGCAUUCUCGCUGUCACCAGGACUUACCCUUGCCUAGGCGGCUACGGGACUUUUUGCUGGAAUACCCUUUUGUGUUGUAGGAAAUGUUAAUCAGAUUUUUUGAUACUCCUGAAUUGUACUGUUAAAUCUGACAAUUUCGAUCAAUGUCCUAAUAUAGUGCUGAAAAAAAUAACAUACAAAAGACAAUAGAUAAGAGCUUUGUUAUUGCUUUAUAAACAGUAUUGAAGAAAGAUUAUUGCAUUAGAAAUGGACCACAUUAAUUAAAAACACAAUACACUAUUUCACCUCAUACCAUGGCUUUUAUUGUGGGGGAUUUUUGAUUAAUAUGAAUCAUAAAGAUUUCCGGACCAUAGUCUUGCUGCAAAAGUGGCUGAUCUGAGUGUCCUAUUCAUUCCUAUUUUUUUCUGAAUCCUGGAGUGUAACUUGGUCAUUAUCAAGGUUGUGUAGUUUUAGCUGAUCUCACUAAGGUUUUUUCUAUUUUCUAAAGACUGUCAUUGUGGUAAUCAAUUUCAGGUCCAACUUAGGUUUCCUUAUAGAUCUUUGAGAUGCUGAAAUAACCAUCUCUUGAACUGAGGAAUAACACAAUAACAAACAGCAAAAUGCUGCUUGUGAAGCUUCCUCAUAUCCUUCAACACUGCCUUAUGUGUAAAUGAGUGUGCUUUCUAUCAUGGUUUAUUUGCUUUACCAUUUUGCAGAGCUAUUUGGAUUUGACAUGGAUCUGUUUUCAUGUGUGACAGUAGCCAAAUUAACUCCAUUAAUAUUGUUGUUCUUUUUUAUGAUGAUCACUGAUCUAUGUCUCAAGGUCGGGGGAAUUGGCCAAUUGAAACAAUAUAAGAAUGCAAUGCGAGAGAGUGUGGCAUGUUUUCGCUUUUUUUUUGUGGUUAUACUUUGGUUAAGUUGUUUAACAGGGAGCAUUAAAAUCUUGUAUUGGUAAAAAAACAAA